AUGGAGCGGAGCUGCGGGAGAGAGGCGCCGGACGAGGUGCGUUACCCUCACAUAGCCCUUGACGUACUCGGGCAGUGUCACAGCAGUGCGUGUGUGGAGCUUGGAAACACGCGUGUUAUUUGCGCUGUCCACCACCCGCAGCAGCUUGUUGAUGAGUACCGUGGCAACCGUGGACGUGUCGCAUGCACCGUGCGAAGGUCGGCUUCUGCAGGCUCUCAUAUCGCGGGUUCUGCUCCCCGGUGCGUUGUGACGCCAGAGAAGGACAUGUCCCUCGCGUUGGAGGGAGUCGCGGAGCAGGUGGUGUUGUUGGAAAAAAUCCCGCAAUUGUUGGUGGAGGUGGUGGUGGAAAUCCUCGCGGAAGACGGCGGUGUGUGGGAUGCCGUGGCGACAUGCAUGAGCGCGGCCUUGGUGAGCGGGGGUUUUGACAUGUACGACGUGUUUUCUGCCUGUAGUUCUGCCCUACUCCGUGAUGGUGCGGUGGUGAUGGACCCUGACGCCGCCGAGGAGUCGAGUGCCCAGGCAUCUGUUCUUGUCUGCAUGAUGCUCAACUCGGGAGACAUCUGCUACGCCAAGCACCUCGGGUCGUGCGAGCCCGGGACAGUCCUGGAACUCACCACGUCCGCAAUGAAGGGCUGCCUCGCCCGUAAAUCCGUCAUCGCAGCGCAAUUAAACGAUCAGUCAAUUUUGUGA